AAAAUGGCAAAAACAUAUUAUAUUAAAUGAUUAUGCCAUGAUUGUCAUUCACAUUCCACAUUAUAUAAGGAACCAAAGAACACAAAAAAGAGAACAAAACAAAGUAACCACUCCAAAAAUUAUAAACCAUUAGUUUCAAGUUUCAAACCAAAAGGCAAAUGGAAGAAGAAGAGGAAGAUAUUUCUUCACCCUUCUGGCUGCAAAACAGCAGCACCAACCGCCGCCGUCUGCGCCGCUCGUACUCUAUAUUCCUCAGCUCCGGCACGGUUGUUAUAAUCCUUCUAGUAACUACACUUGCAUUCAUCUUAGUCAUACUUCCUACAUUGCACUCUUUCACUUCCCACAUUUUCAAACCCAAUUCUGUGAAAAAGAGUUGGGAUUCUCUCAACCUUUUGCUUGUUCUCUUCGCCAUAUUCUGUGGCUUCCUCAGCAAAAACAACAACAACAACGAAAGUCCGCGUUCUUACGAAGAUCACACCUUUUCAGAUACAAACACGCGCCAAGAGUACGAGAAACCAAAUCAAGAAACAGAAACACAACCACCUUCUUGGUAUGAAUAUUCAGAAGAUAGAACUCCAUACAACAGGUUGAGGAGUUUCAACUCCUACCCGGAUCUCAGGCAAGAGUCUUGGUGGGUAACCGGAGAUGAACGGUGGCGGUUUAGCGAUGAUACUCGUGUUAAUGGUUAUAAUCGUGGAUUGGACUUAAACUUGAAAGAAGAAAAAGAAGAAACAAGCAUCAAGAGCAUUGAAGUGAACACAUCUUUGAAAGGAAAGAACAAGAAGAAACUAGCUGAAACCGUUGAGAAAACAAAAAAUAGCAAUGCUGUAGAAAAAAAGAAUAAAAAGAUAAGUGCAACAAAGGAUGAAUAUCAAUCUUCAAAAGGGAAGAAGAAGAAGAAGCAUAGACAUAAAAGCGUUGAAAAUUUUCAGAGCCUUCUGAAUUCUGAACCUCCUACUACUAUACCUUCUUCUUCAUCUUUUGAUAAUUUGUUCUAUUCCAAGAAAAACAAACAGAAGAAGCAUAAGUCUGUUACGCCUCCGCAACACCAUGUUUCAUCCAUGAUUGUGUCAAAAAGAAAGGAUAAUGAUUUUUCUGUGAUGAUCGGUAAUGAGUCGCCUUUGAUCUCAAUACCUCCACCGCCUCCUCCGCCGCCACCUUUCAAGAUGCCGGCGUGGAAGUUUAAGGUACAGGGAGACUUUGUUAGAAUAGAUAGUAUUAGUAGUACAAGUAGUGGUUUGGCAGAUAUAGAGGAUGAUGAAGUAUUGGAGAUAGCAGAACCUGGAAUUGAUCUGUUGGUGUAUCCUAAUCCCAACCCAGAUGUUGAUAACAAAGCUGGCAGUUUCAUUGAAAGCUUCAGGGCUGGUUUAAGGAUGGAGAAAAUGAAUUUCAUCAAGAAUCAAGGGAUAGAGGAUUCUGAUCUCUAUAAUAACCUUCAUCACCAAAACUGAUAACAAAAGAAGAAAUUGAAAACAUUGUCUCAAGUCCUUUUUAAUUGUAUUGUUUUCUUCAAAUUCUUGCUAUAUACAACUCUUGAUUUUUUGCAAUAUUAAAAAUAUCUUUACAAAUAAUAUGUAUUUUUAUAUUCAUAUAAAAAUAUACAUUCUUUUGUUAGAAUAGUAUUAUUUUAUAAUGUAAUCAUUUAGUCACCUAUAGAAGAAACUCUUUCUUGAUCUUCUCCUAAACAAUACAUUAAGCUACUGCAGAGAGCAUACUUUUCUACGGCUAAGGAGGGU